AUGGCUUCUGACUAUUCCUCUACUUGUUGCUGUUCUGAGUCGGGUGUCAGGGCUUCUGAUUGUGCACUUGCUUCAACCUGUUCUGUGGAAACCACUUGUCUCCCCAGUGCCUGUGCUACAUCCAGAUGCCAGGCCCCCAGUUUCCUAUCGAGGUCUCACGUGCCAACGGGGUGCCUCGCGCCGUGCUGCUUUGCUGGGAGUUGUAAUGUUCCGUGUUUGGUGGGGAACUGUGCCUGGUGUGAGGAUGGCAUGUUCAACAGCAACGAGAAGGAGACGAUGCAGUUUCUGAAUGACAGACUCGCCAAAUAUCUGGAGAAGGUGCAGGGGCUGGAGGAGAUGAAUGCGGAGCUGGAAUGCAGGAUCCGAGAACAGUGUGAAGAGCAUAUCUUGUGUACAAAGGCAGAGAAUUCUAGAGUUGCUGUACAGCUUGACAACUGCAAACCGGCUGCCGAAGACUUCAGGUCAAAGUACGAGUCUGAACUGUCUCUUAGCCAGCUGGUAGAGAAUGACAUCAGUGGCCUGCGUGGGAUCCUGGGUGAGCUAACCCUGUGCAAAUCCAAUCUGGAGGCCCAUGCGGAGUCUCUGGAGGAUGAUCUCCUUUGCCUUAAGAAAAACCAUGAAGGGGAGGUCACCGUGCUUCGUGGACAGCUGGGUGACCAACUCAGUGUGGAGCUAGACACUCCCCCCAUCAUGGACCUCAACAGGGUCCUGGAUGAGAUGCGUCAUCAGUAUGAAAUCGUGCUCACCAACGACCGCAGAGAUGUGGAAGAAUGGUUUGCCGUUUAGACAUAGGAACUGAAUCAGCAGUAGCUGUCCAGCGCAGAGCAGCUGCAGGGCUGCCAGACGGAGAUCUUGGAACUGAAAUGCAGGGCCAAUGCUCUGGAACUUGAGUUUCAAGCACAGCAAAGCCUGACAGAAUCUCUGGAAUGCACCGUGGCAGAAACCGAGGCCCAGUACAGCUCCCAGAUGGCCCACAUACAGUGCCUGAUUGAUAACGUGGAGAAGCAGCUGGCCGAGAUCUGCUGCGAUCUGGAGCGGCAGAACCAGGAGUAUGAGGUGCUGCUGGACACCAAGGCCCGGCUGGAGUGUGAGAUCAACACAUACUGGGGGCUGCUGGAGAGCGAGGACUGCAGGCUUCCCUGUAACCCAUGUUCUGCAACAAGCACGUCAAACAACACUUGUGAGCCAUGCUUGGCAUACAUAAUUUGA